UUUUUAUUGCUAAUUUGCAAUACUUCUUGUAUAAAUGGGUAAAUAAAGCCCCAUUAGUUCGUACUAUCCGUAUUUAUGUACGUAUGUAUAAUGUAGCGACGUAAUUGCUUGAAUGUUUUUGAAUGUGCAUGGCGAUAAUUACAGAGAUCUGAGAAUAGAUGUCAAUCAUAACGCUGUCAAUCAAUCAUUGGUUUGGAAUUGCACGUGUUCUGUUCGACCGCAUUCUUCGUUUUCGGAAGUUGUUAUGUAAUCCAAGCUGAUAAACUUGCCUUUUUUUGAAUUGUGAUCGGAAAAUAUUUCUUUCAAACUAAAGAUUUUCUAUUUCAUCGUGUUAGCUACGCCCUUGGGAACCGAGAUCGGAGUAUAACUAAACUUUAGGGUUGUCGCUAUGAGCUCAGCCUCAGGCUCAGCCAUAAAAACGAGUACCAAGCGAGGGGCAAGUAGCUGUCCUCAAUGCCAUGCUACUUACUUUAACCGAUAUAAGCCACCGAACUGCCCAACGUGCAACUACGAUCUGGGUGGCACAUAUAUUCCAAGAAAGAAAGCGCGUUUGGCAAUACCAGAAUGCACUGAAAUACUUAAAGGAGAAAUGGCAAUAUAUUCAUCAAAGACCAGCUGUCACGACGACAGAUGUUUGCUGGUGAUUGAAAAGAAUGGAAAAAUUUGUCAUCACCCAGAGUGCAAGGACAUGCGGGCUGUUCUAGUAAACAGCGACCAACUGGCAAGUUUUGAAUGCAAACAUCUGGAAAAGGUGAAGAACUCCAUUGAACCGCUGGCAAAAUACAUCAACUUCCCGGUGCUGGAGGCAUAUCCGUGUGAUUUAACAACAAAAGCUGCACUGACCGAAGUAAAAACGACAUGCGGCGAACAUUUACCCAUUGCAGUUCAGGUUUCCCCAACAAUGUACUGCGUUUUUGGAAAGCCGACAGCUAACAACCCAGUUGGAUACUGCCAUGUCCGAGUGACGGAGACCACUGUGCGAUGCUGUUCGAAAGAUUGCAAGAUGAUGAUAGGAAAGAGCAAACAACUGAAAUCGAAGUGUCUCUGCAUUCACGUGCAUAUGCUCCUGUGCUUGGGUAUUGUCAAGAAAGAUUCACCUGCGAUGGGCAACGCCAACGACGAACCUACGCACAAUGCCGUCAACGCCGAGAAUGAAGACCACCAACAAGUUUCGGAAAGCCUGUCACGCUCAAAUACAAUUGAGCUAAACAUGAAACGUUCACUGCCUACUCCCAUUCCAAAAGAGAUCAUUUGCAAACCAGGAGUAAUAGAUUCGUCACCUGCUGGGUGGCCAGAAAUCCUUGAGCCAUCGGAAACAUUAUGUGGUUUAUGUAGUAGUCCUCUUGGGGAAGGGAAAGCACACCAUGGUUCUAGAGGGAAAUCGUAUUUGUUGACGGAGUUGAAUCCCUUUAAAGAGAUAAAAGUUCGCGUGAAAAUGUGCACCAACACUAACUGCUCAGCAAUGAAUCAAAUUUUCCCGUAUGAGCUUGGUCUUUUCAACAUAAGCGACAAGAUUCUAGUCCCGUUUCAAAUUUUGCUGGAAUGGAGAGAAUUAUUUAGAAAAGGAGUUCCAAUCUCAAUAGCGAUAAUAAGCAAACUUAAUGCGAUGGCAGAAAGGGCUGCAGAGCCGCCUGAACGAAAUGUAAUUGAAAACUUGGCAAACUACAUUUACAAUGGCUACUACUGCUUCGAGGCUAUCACUGACCGUGAUUUAGAUUCUGUUGUAUGUGGGAUAUGCGGUGUCAUCGGAAAUGUGUACUUUGGCGAUGGAAAUGAAAAAAACUGUUGCGGUAUUGGCCAGAUAGACUAUACGCAACCAGAAAAUGUAUCUGAAAGUUCGCCCCCGACAUUGGAACCCUUUUUAAAUAAAAUAAAACGGCGGUGGGUAGAAAGCACCUCAUAUACGAAAACAGCAGAAAAAUUCAAAGUGCACGUGGCUGAUAUCCCACCUGUAAUUGCUCCGUCAAUGAGAGGCACCCGCCUGUAUAACACAGAGCUACAGAAGAACAGCACAUUUCUGAAAGAGAAUAAAAGCACAAAAGGUGAUCCUGCAUUACUGCAUUCCAUUAUUCGAGAAGGAAAAUUGGAUAUGACCAAGUUAAGAGAGCUUGAUGAAACAUCGCUGAAGUCCUUUUGCCAAGAUUGUCGAAUCCCAAUCGGGGGAAGUCAAUGGUGA